AUGGUUAAGCCCAUCAUUGCGCCCAGUAUAUUAGCAUCUGAUUUCGCCAACCUAGAGUGUGGAUGCCAUAGGGUGAUUAAGGCCGGUGCGGAUUGGCUUCAUAUUGAUGUGAUGGACGGCCAUUUUGUGCCUAACAUCACAUUGGGUCCUCCUAUCGUCAAGUCAUUGCGUGAAGUUGUGCCAAGACCCGGAGCUGAGGGGUUGGAGAAGCCCAGGGCGUUUUUCGAUUGCCACAUGAUGGUUGAGGAUCCAGAAAAGUGGGUUGAUACGUUUGUGGAGAAUGGCGCAGACCAGUUUACUUUCCAUUACGAAGCCACUAAGGAUCCAUUAGGAUUGGUCAAGAAGAUCAAGUCAAGGGGUAUACGUGCUGCAUGUGCGGUCAAGCCGGGAACGCCUGUGGAUGUGUUGUAUGAAUUGGCACCGUUCUUGGAUAUGGCGUUGGUCAUGACAGUGGAGCCUGGGUUUGGCGGCCAGAAGUUCAUGGCUGAAAUGAUGCCUAAAGUGAAAGCGUUGCGAAGCAUGUUUCCAGCGUUAGAUAUUCAAGUGGACGGGGGUUUGAGUAAAGACACAAUACCUCAGGCAUCUAAGGCGGGGGCAAAUGUAAUCGUCGCAGGGACCAGUGUGUUCACCGCAAAGGAUCCGGAGGAUGUGAUUUCUUUUAUGAAGAAUACUGUAAGAGCUGAUCUUUCUGCUCAAGGGUACCUGGACGAAUGA